GCAUCCAGUAUAAGGCCUUGUGUGUGCACACGUGUGUGUGGUUUUAAUUAGUGGAAAUACUUGGGGCUUCCUGCUAACCCAAGUUUACAUUCCCAAUAUUUGUUUCUGAACUGUGAAGUGCAGAGAGAUAAGCUAUGCUUUCAUCUGAAGAAAUGCUAACUAGCGUAGCUGCCCUCAUGUCCAUUUCUCAGGUAAAAUUAGAAAUAGAGCACAAAUACAUUUGGUAGGCUACGGACAAUCUCUCAGUUGAAGGGCAGGUGGAUUAACUAUUUAAAAAAAAAUAUGCAUAUCAGCAUCUCUAAGCUAAUCCUUUGCGUCAUGUUGGAUGUUCGUGCUGAAGAAUGCAAGGCUGAAUUGAGAGUCCAAGUUUCAGAGAGCAACUGGUAACAUGGAUUGCACCUCGGAAGGGGACAGCUGAACUCUCCCUCUGGCUUUAGUGAGGAAAGAGCAGCGAUGAAAUCCGUGGACUGUGUGCACGUCAUCCAACAGAAGGAUACCGCCUCUUCUCCCUCUGCCCCCCCUGGUGCUGCUUCAGGCACCACGGGACUUUUUUCUGUCACAUUCCUGUGGCUUGCAAUGCUCCUGUCCUCUUGUCUUGCAGCAGUGUCUCUUUACCAUGUUAUCACCCUGAAAACAGAACUAGAAGCUCUGCGCAGCAAGCUGAUCUACAGGGUCCAGGCAAGGUCUCUGCUAGACAGGCCGCCCGUGUCCCCUGAUGAAAAUAAAGCGGCUACCCCUGUUUCUUCCUUCCUGCAAGUGUCUGCAGCUGCCGCCAGGCAGGAACACAGGCUUCCUGGUCCUGGCCCAGCUGAGAGCUUCCAAAAGGAAAUCUGGAACGGGAGUGGAAACAGGGGGAAAAGGUCUGUUGUCCACACAGAAGAAACAGUGCUGCAGGCCUGCUUGCAACUGAUUGCUGACAGCAAAAGUGAUAUCCAACAGAAAGAUGAUUCAAGCAUCGUCCCUUGGCUUCUGAGCUUUAAACGUGGAACAGCUCUGGAAGAACAGGGAAAUAAAAUUGUGAUCAAAGAAACAGGAUAUUUUUUCAUAUAUGGCCAGGUUUUAUAUACCGAUACAACAUUUGCUAUGGGACACCUAAUACAGAGAAAGAAGGCCCACGUGUUUGGUGACGAUCUCAGCUUGGUGACAUUGUUUCGUUGCAUCCAAAAUAUGCCACAGUCUUAUCCGAAUAAUUCUUGCUAUACUGCUGGCAUUGCAAAAUUAGAAGAAGGGGAUGAACUUCAACUUACAAUACCACGGAGAAGGGCCAAAAUAUCCUUGGAUGGAGAUGGUACUUUUUUUGGUGCAGUUAGACUCCUCUGAAGCCCUUCAUUUCUAUUAUUAUGCUUAAUCCAGUUUUCUUCUUUUCCUAUGCCUUUAUCAGAAAAAAUAUUGAAUUGUAAUAAAGCUGCCAAUUCAGUCUCUCCCCAUCCACCACCAGCUUCUAAGAAUUUUUCUUCCAUUUAAUAAGCAAACUCAAAACAGGAAACACACCAGACAAACUUGUGAUAUAUAACCCUCAUGUGUGAGAUAUAACCAUCACAUGAUUACCAGAAAGCCAAUUUAUUUUAGACAGUGGGAGGCUCUAAAUGACAAAUGUAAAGCAAUGGAUUUCUGGCUUUGCAGCAAUUUCUUGUCCAUAAAGAAAAUCAAAGGAGUUGACCAUAAAGUAUAGCAUAAACAGGACCAUUGACUAUAAAUUUAUUCAUAAUUGAAAAGGAAAAUUAAAACACAAGUACAACUUUGAUUUGUUUUGUUUCAUCAGUAAAAUAUUUGAAGUAUAAAUUGUGGGAAAUAAGCAUCAAACAGGAGAUUCCUCACCACAAAAUGGAGGUGUCAGGUGGGUUCUGGGGUUUUUUUUGGUUUGUUUGUUGGGGUUUUUUUUUUUGACGCCAAGAUUUUGGGAAAGGAAAAACUCUAAAUAUACAGGAUAAUGAAAACAAACUCCUCAGGAAUAUACAGAAUGUUAGCCACUGGCUUGCUUCUUCCCCGUGAACAAAAGGUGUAUAAAUUGCUAAUAUCUAUUAGUAUUUACUAAUUAGAAUUAAUAUUAGUGGAAAAAAAGGACAUGUAAGAUCCUUCAACAGCUCAAUCUUCAAAGCAUUGCUACUUAUCAAGAAAUAUGUGUAUACUUCUAUGUGAGCAAGGCAGGGAUAGAAAGAAAUAUGGUGAGAUUAGACACAAUACUAUGGAAUUGGAUUUCUGGCUUCAUAGUUUCUGCAGUCAUAUUUAGAUGUGUAUAUAUAUAUACAGUAUAUAUAUGUAUAUAUAUGAAAGUAUGUACACACACAUAAAUAAGCCUUUGACAUUUGGGCUUAGAAUUUUAUCUUCUUUUGAAUAGUUUAUCCAAUGGAAAUAAUACUGCAUACAUAUUUUUUUUCUAUUUCUUUUGCUUUUUGCUAUGAUCCAUUCUAUGCAAUAUAGUAAAAAAUAAAAUCCAAUAAACCUGGAACCAGCUAUACAACUAACAGAUUACAUUUGUAUACCUGAAAUCUGGGCUCAAUUCCUAGGUUAACUAGGCUUUUUCUGCAGUUUUCAAUAUAUUGCUCAACUCUGUUUUACAAAAAAAUGUCAGAAAGACCUGUAGAAAGACUAAACAGGUGUCUCUUUUAUUUUGUUUGUCUGCUUUGUUCAGUAGAUAAGAUUUAUGUAUCUUUUACCCCAUGAAUCCAUGUGUAUUACAUGGUCAAGGAAAUAAUAGCAUAGUCAUAAUGUGGUAAAGUGUUCUAAGAGCUAUUGUCAUACAAAUGUUGAAUACUUAUUCCACUGAUCUUCAAAGAAGUGUUGAAGUGCUACUGGAAUAGAUAAAAUAAUAAAACCCACAAUAAUGAACUGUACUUAAUUUGAAAAUAAUUUUUAGGGGUUGAGAAUUGUGUCAUAUGAACUCAUUCAGUAAAGGAAAGAUGUUUUGUAUA